AUGUCUGAAUUGGUAAGUAAUCCGGCUGUUCAAUCGGCCGAUUUAUUGGUACCUAGACCGAUGAUCUCUAGGCCAUAUGUUUGGCCUUUUGCCAUCAUAUAUCCAAUCUUUUUACAAGUUUAUACUCAACACUACGACAAGUAUAUUGGGGGAUCUGAGUGGACGUUUGUAUACUUAAUUGCUAUUUGCUCGUUGAAUAUGUUAUUCUGGUUGAUGCCUCACUGGAAUAUUGAUGUUAAUGGCAAAUUCAACUAUCUGCCUGUGAAAACAAUUAGCGAAGCUACGCAUAUUAAGAUUGUUCCAGCUCCAAACAGUGGAGUUGGUGAAAUUUGCGAAAUACUUAGGGAACAAUUCCAUGAUGGUGAAAAACAAGUCAGUUUCUUGUAUCAAAAGAGACGUCAUUUGUACCAUCCAGAAUUAGAUCAUUUUUCACCACCUGAAUUCGUUUUUGAUCAAUCUCCAAAAUUGACGGUUUUUCAAACUUCGAAGGGUUUGAAGGGAGAUUUAGAAAAAGUUCAAAGAAACUUUGGCGAAAACAAGUUUGAUAUUCCAAUUCCAACCUUCUUGGAGUUGUUCAAGGAACAUGCAGUUGCCCCAUUUUUUGUCUUCCAGAUCUUCUGUGUUGCCUUAUGGUGUAUGGAUGAGCAAUGGUAUUAUUCGUUAUUCAGUUUGUUUAUGUUGGUUUCUUUCGAAAUGACUACAGUUUUCCAAAGAAGAACCACAAUGUCCGAAUUUCAGAGUAUGGGUAUUAAACCUUACUCAAUUUAUGCCUACAGAGACUUGAAAUGGAAGCAAUUACAAACAACCGAAUUGUUACCUGGUGACUUGGUUUCCAUCACUAGAACUAGUGAGGAAAGUGCUAUUCCUUGUGAUUUGCUUUUGGUUGAUGGUUCUUGUAUCGUCAAUGAAGCUAUGUUGUCUGGUGAAUCUACGCCAUUAUUGAAAGAAUCUAUUAAAUUAAGACCAUCGGAUGAAGCCUUGAAUGUUGAAGGGUUUGACAAGAACUCCUUAUUACAUGGUGGUACCAUGGCAUUGCAAGUUACUAAGCCUGAAAGCCCUAUUGUUCCCUUAGCUCCAGAUAGUGGUGCUUUGGCUAUUGUGGCUAAGACUGGGUUUGAAACGUCUCAAGGUUCAUUGGUGCGUAUGAUGAUUUUCUCUAGUGAAAGAGUCUCUGUUGGAAAUAAAGAAGCAUUCUUCUUUAUUUUAUUCUUGUUAGUAUUCGCCAUUGCUGCUUCGUGGUAUGUUUGGGUUGAAGGUACUAAAAUGGGUCGUAUUCAAUCGAAAUUAAUUUUGGACUGUAUCAUUGUCAUCACUUCUGUUGUACCACCUGAGUUGCCAAUGGAAUUGACCAUGGCCGUUAAUGCCUCUUUAAGUGCUUUACAAAAGUAUUAUAUUUAUUGUACUGAACCAUUUAGGAUUCCUUUAGCAGGUAGAAUUGAUGUUUGCUGUUUUGAUAAGACCGGUACUUUAACAGCUGAAGAUUUAGUAUUUGAAGGGUUAGCAGGCUUCCACCCAAAUGAUAUUCAUCAUUUGUAUAGCUGUUCUGAAGCUCCUGAAGCCACUUCUUGGGUUUUAGGGUCUGCUCAUGCUCUUGUGAAGUUAGAUGAUGGUGAUGUUGUUGGUGAUCCAAUGGAACAAGCUACUUUAAAAGCAGCACACUGGACUGUUGGUGCUAAGGACUCAGUUGAAAGAACAAAGGAAAAUGGCAAGGUCGAAAAAAUUAAAAUUAUGCGUCGUUUCCAAUUCUCUUCAGCUUUGAAGAGAUCUUCAUCGAUAUCCUCUGUGAACACUUUACAGAAUCAAUUAUUAGUAUCUGCUAAAGGUGCACCAGAAACUAUUCGCCAUAUGUUGAUCGAUGCGCCAGAAAAUUAUGAAGAAAUUUACAAGUCGUUUACAAGAUCAGGUUCGCGUGUUUUAGCCUUAGGUUAUAAAUACUUAGAUCAAAGUGUCAAGGUACUUAAAGUUGAUAGAAAAGAUGUUGAAUCCAAGUUACAUUUCGCUGGUUUUAUUGUUUUCCAUUGUCCUUUGAAAGAUGAUGCCGUCGAAACAAUUAAAAUGUUGAAUGAAUCAUCCCAUCGUUGUAUUAUGAUUACAGGUGAUAAUCCAUUAACUGCUUGCCACGUUGCAAAGGAAGUUCAAAUUACUGAAAAGGAUGUAUUGAUUUUAGAUGAACCUGAAGAGCAUCAUAAUGUGAAAAGUGAAAAUUUAGUCUGGAGAAAUAUUAAUGAAACUGUUAUAAUUCCAUUUGACAGUGCUAAUAAAAUUGAUAGUAAGUUAUUUGAGAAAUAUGAUAUUUGUGUUACUGGUUAUGCUUUAGGUCACUUAUCAGAACAUGACCAAAUCUUGGAAUUAUUGAAACAUACCUGGAUUUACGCCAGAGUUUCACCAGCGCAGAAAGAAUUUAUCUUAACUUCUUACAAAGAAGCUGGUUAUAGCACUUUGAUGUGUGGUGAUGGUACAAAUGAUGUUGGUGCUUUGAAACAAGCUCAUAUUGGUGUUGCCUUGUUAAAUGGUACUGAAGCUGGUUUGAAAAAGAUGGCUGAGAACAGAAGAAUUGAAGCCACUCAAAAGGUUUAUGAAAAACAGGUUAAGUUACUCGUUAGCUGGGGCAAACCUGCACCACCUGUUCCUCCGUUAAUUGCUCAUUUAUAUCCACCGGGACCUCUUAAUCCAAAAUAUUUGGAAGCUAUGGAAAAGAAAGGUAUUGAAAUUACUGAUGAUAUGAAAAAGGCUGUCGAGGCUGCUAACUCGACAGGCGGAACUGGCUCGCAAUCGAAAGCAACAAAUGAUGUAUUUGCAGAUACAGUCAUGAGUGCUAUGAAUGAAGCUGAAACUGGAGAUGAAGUUCCAACAUUGAAGUUAGGUGACGCGUCAGUUGCUGCACCAUUUACUUCGAAGUUGGCAAACGUUUCUACUGUGACACAUAUUAUUCGUCAAGGUCGUUGUGCAUUGGUCUCGACUAUUCAAAUGUAUAAGAUUUUGGCUUUGAACUGUUUGAUUUCGGCCUACUCGUUGUCAGUUUUAUAUUUGGCAGGGAUUAAGUUCGGUGAUGGACAAGCCACUGUUUCAGGUAUUUUGCUUUCUGUUUGUUUCUUGUCCAUUUCUCGUGGUAAGCCAAUUGAAAAGCUUUCGAAGGAAAGACCUCAAAACGGUAUCUUCAACACGUACAUUAUGGGAUCUAUUUUAGGUCAGUUUGCAGUUCACAUUAUUACUUUGAUUUAUAUUACCAGGGAAAUUUACAUUUUAGAACCUAGAGAGCCUCAAGUUGAUUUGGAAAAGGAAUUCUCACCAUCCUUAUUGAAUACCGGUAUGUUUUUGUUACAAUUAGCGCAGCAAGUUUCUACCUUUGCUGUCAAUUACCAAGGAUUGCCAUUUAGAGAAAGUAUCAAGGAUAACAAGGGAAUGUAUUAUGGUUUAUUAGGUGUCGCUGCUUUAGCUAUUGCCGGUUCAACUGAAUUCUUCCCAGAAUUAAACGAAGCUAUGAAAUUCGUUAAAAUGGAUUCAUUAUUCAAAGUGAAAUUAACAACAUGUAUCUUGUUGGAUUUGGGGGUUACAUGGUCUAUUGAGUUAACCUUGAAGCACUUCUUUAUGAAUCACCAUGCUGCUGACAUUGCAGUCAGAGAUUAG